CUGGAGGUUGGAGUUUCUCGUCUGGGACUCUCGGCUGGUUCGCGAGAAUGGCGCCAGCUGAUCUUUGACUCCGACCACUUCACGGGUGCCGCUGUUCCAUUCAAAGCGCGUGGUAACGUGUAAUGGACGUGACUCGUCGCUCGUUCACGUGGUACCUGCAGCGAGACGGCACGACAAUCUUCAAGUAUCCCAGGUUGCUCGCGGAGAGGGUGGCACGCCAUGAACGCGUUAAUUCACACGAAAACAGUGAUCGCCGGUCACGGCGGAGUCAUCGCACGACGGUACUCGCCGUUUAAAUUGUGGUACAACGCUGAUCGCACGAUGGGCGGCAUAGCUCUGAUUUAUACAGAUUUGAGAAAGCCGAGGAGAUUUUUGCUGGAGCCUACGGUACCACCAAUGUAUAUUAAUGAUAAGAGCGUGGCGUGUCUACAAAUUCGUACUUUUUAUGUAACUCCAAGCUGGAGCGGUCAGGAGCCGUCGUCUAAGAUCGAAGAAACAGUCAAGAACAUUAAAGAGGAAAAAGAGCUUAAAGAUAAGAUGGUAAUGGCUGUUACAAAAGACAGCGAGCAAGCAAAGAAGGCCGUUGCUAAAGUCACAAUGUGGCAAAAAGUUAAGGGGGAGGUGCUGCAUUAUUAUCAUGGGUUUCGAUUAUUAGGACUCGACAUGAGGGUGUCGGCAAAGUUAAUAUGGAGGAUUUUACAAGGGAAGGAACUUAGCAGAAGGGAGCACCGUUUGCUAGUAAAAACCACUGGGGAUAUGUUCCGAUUGAUUCCAUUCUCUGUUUUCAUCAUUGUUCCAUUUAUGGAAUUCUUAUUGCCAGUGGCAAUUAAGUUGUUCCCUGGCAUGCUACCUUCUACUUUUCAAACGGCAACCGAGAAGGAGGAUAAGCUUAAGCAGGCCUUGAAGGUCAAGAUAGAAAUGGCAAAAUUUUUACAAAAGACAUUGAAUGAAAUGUCGUUGCAAUCGUCGGAUCACAAGUCUGAGAAAGCGAAAGAGUUUGCAGAAUUUUUCUACAAAGUACGAACAACCGGCACCGUUGCGAGCAACGAAGAAAUCAUGAAGUUCAGCAAAGUCUUCGAGGAUGAAAUUACCCUGGAUUCCCUCUCGCGUCCACAGCUAAUUGCUUUAUGCCGUGUAUUAGAUGUGCAAACACUUGGCACUACCAAUUUCUUACGGUUUCUACUCAGGAUGAGACUCAGAAGUCUUACUGCGGAUGACAGACUAAUUGAGAAAGAAGGGGUUGACACCCUGACCAGGACUGAACUGCAACAAGCUUGCAGAGCGCGUGGCAUGCGCGCUUAUGGAUUGCCAGAGAGCAGAUUAAGAGAACAAUUGUCGCAGUGGUUGGAUUUAAGUUUAAUGAAAAAGGUUCCACCCUCUUUACUACUAUUAUCACGAGCGCUUAUGAUACCAGAAACGACACCUAUGUCGGACAAGCUGAAGGCGACAAUUGCGGUCUUGCCCGACGCGGUUGUGGCGCGUACUCAGGGUGCCAUUGGAGAGAAAGAGGGUAAGGUGGAUCAUAGAACCAAUAUCGAAAUUAUAAAAAUGGAAGAACGCAAGAUCGAAGAAGAGAGGAAGGAAAAGAAAGAAGCCGAACCGCAGCCUGUUCCGGAGUGCAGUACCAAAACAGAUGAAAUUACUACUACAGAUGUCAAAGUUUUAGAACAAGCUCUGGAUUCAAUUGGCAAGGAUAGUAAAACUAUGGCUGUGGAAAAAGAGGAAAUCAAGGAACUUAAAGAAGAAAUGGCAGAAUAUCAAGAAGACGUUAAGGAAUUAAAUCAAAUUAAGGCAGAGGCUAAAGGUCAAAUAGAUAUAGAAAAUAUUAAAGUGUCGAAAGGCGCUAAUAGACUAUUUAAAAAGGUAAACAAAAUGAUUUCGAAAAUGGAUGCUGUUUUGUUGGAGCUUGAGCAAUCUGAGAAAAAAGUUAAACAAAGAAUGAACUCAUUGGGUCCUAAUGACAAACGGGAUGACAAAGAUGUUGAAGAAUUAGUUAAGAUAGACGAGCUUGUCGCAGCUAUUAAGCAAAUCCAAAAUGUACCCGAUGACCAUCGCUUAAAACGCAUAGCAGAAAUUUUAGGGAAAAUUGAUGACGAUCAAGAUGGUGCAAUAAAAAUAGAAGAUGUCUUAAAGGUUGUAGAAUUAAUAGGUAAGGAAGAUGUUAAGUUAAGCAAAGAGCAAGUGGACGAAUUAAUAGAGUUAAUAGGUAAAGAAGAAGUAUUAGAAGUGGAGGAACAAAUACAAAAAUCGCUGGAAAAGGAUUCCAAAACAUCCCAGACUUGAGAAUUGUAUUACAGAAUGAUCAUUAAAGUUUCGCAUAAUGCGUAUUUCAUGUACUCCCCUUGUGAGCCAGGAUUUGGAAAAGAGGAAUUAAUAGAUGAUGCUGCCCGAGAUUCUAGCAAAAUAUAUGGAGAUCCGUGUGUUGAAGAGAAUAAGCAGAAAUCAGCUUCCAUUCUUAAAAGUAAUUCGAAAUCUGAUGAAGUGAAAUGAAAUCCUCCGACAGGUGUUCCACCAAUUACGAAAAAGGCAGAAGGUUCUAAACAACUGUGAUUAGCGCACAAUGAAGUAAAUUAGUGUAAUUAUCAGCAAUAUUUUUACAGAAAUGAUGUAUGAUAAUUUGAUAUGGAUCUUCGGAUGUGUGUAUCCUGUCUGUACUUAUCCCAUGGAUUUUCUUUAGAAAAAUUUUUAAUUGUAGUAAAAAGAAAAUUAAGUACACAGUACAAUGAAAAACAAAAAUCUGACACAAAGCACAAAGACGAUUUUAUCAUAUAAUUGGCCAUCAUGAUCAUAUAAUUAUUUAUGUUGUAAAUAAAAACAUGUAUUGAA